UGAACUCAAUCCUGUCCGAGUCCGUCCGUUCGCAAGGCCAUCAGAAAGCCGAAUACUUUUACGUCAAUUCAACGCGGAGAUUUACGUUUUGAAGGCUAUUCUUCGCGGCUUGAUUUAUUACGAUUGAGUCUACGAAGUGCUUAGUUUGAAAUAAUCUACAAGCUCUAGUCACGGAUCAUCGGGCUGUUCCAGUUGUAAUCCGCGGUGGUACAGUAUAAACACAGGUGUGUUUUCAUUCGGAACGCGAUGCUGAAGUGCAUCCACUCACGUAGCCCGCCGCCAAGCGUGAUGUCAUGGUAGUGGUGUGGUGGUGGCGCGCAAUCUUCCACACCUUUCCACACGUGUGUACGGAUAGCACAAGAAGGCCGCACGUGAGUUCCGCUGUGCGAUGGUGGUGACCCGUGAGUGCCCGCGAUACGAUUUUGUUUACGGUCGUUCGGUUAUGCGAUCAAAAUAACAACAUCAGUUCGACAGUUCUAAAAAUAUCUGCGUCCACAUGGUCACGUAUAUGUGCUAGGUCGAUCAGGAACGGCUUCGUCGGCAUUGAAUGGGAUUGAGGUGGCAAAGCGGACAAUUGAAUUCCGUUCGGGGGUUCCAGAUUGGUAAAGUUUUUGGAACGUAGUGACGACACCUGUGCGACAAUGUAGGAGCGCUCGGUUGAAGUUGUGGGGUGUAGCAUUGCGGCAGUGAGCGCGGGGGUGUGUGACGGAACAGUGUCACGAGUUUUGGGGAAGAAAGAAGAAGAAAACCGGGGGAGAUACAAUGCAACUGCGAAGAAGGUGGACGAACUAGUGGCGAAGCAUAGCAUUAUUAUCUCACAUAUCGACAUCAACAAAUAGCAUAUAGCAUCUAAACAGUCCAUAGUGCAAGAGAGUGUCACGAGCAGAGAGGAGAAGGGACAUUGGCAUAUCAGCCAACAACCCUCCAAUUGAGGGGGUGGUGUGUGGUUGUUCCUGUGUGAAGGAUAUAACUACUAACCUAGAAAAAGAAAAAAAAAAACAGUGCACAGUGGUAGAAGAAUAGCGAAAGUUGUGAUAUAACACCUCUCGUGCGGGAUCGAGUGAAGUAAGCCGCCGAAAGAAAAACCUGGAGUGGCCUUGGAAUUAGGUAAUCGGCGAGACUGCUUCUGGUUCUUCCGCUCACGGUGGGAGGAUCUCGCACGAUGGAUCGUGAUAAGAAUGAUACGUCUUCCAACACGGGCAUUGCCGGAGGUUUUGCUGGCUGUAUCACUCGCUUCAUCUGCCAGCCGUUGGAUGUCCUGAAGAUCCGCUUUCAGCUACAGGUCGAACCCCUCAGCGAGGACCACAUGACAUCCAAAUAUCGCACCAUUGUGCAAUCCACCCGCCUAGUGUACAAGGAGGAGGGUCUCCGUGCGUUCUGGAAGGGCCACAAUCCGGCCCAGGUGCUCUCCAUCAUCUACGGAGUGUCACAGUUUUCCUCCUACGAGCACACGAACCUUUUCCUGAGACAAUUCGAACCGUUCGAGCAGCACCAAAAUGCGAGAAACUUCUUCUGCGGUGCCCUGAGCGGAACGGUGGCCACUGUGAUAACCCUUCCGUUGGAUGUGGUCCGAACACGACUGAUAUCCCAGGACCCUAACCGGGGAUAUAAAAACUCCAUGCAAGGCUUGCGGAUGAUUUAUAGGCACGAGGGAGUCAAGGGAAUGUACCGAGGGUUGAGUCCCAGCGUACUGCAGAUAGCGCCUCUCACCGGGGGCCAGUUCAUGUUCUACAACAUCUUUGGCAGUAUGUUCCGGCAGUAUUUCAACAUUGCUUCAACGGAAACGCUACCGGCAGUGGAGCUGUUCAUCUGCGGAGGUCUGGCCGGAAUCUGCACCAAGCUGUUAGUUUACCCCCUGGAUUUGGCCAAGAAGCGCCUACAGAUACAGGGAUUCGCCAAAAGCCGCCAAACGUUCGGUCGGCACUUUGUGUGCGACAACAUGUUCAACUGUAUGUACAACAUAGUCAAGCAGGAAGGAUUCUGGGGCCUGUACAAGGGUCUCUACCCGGCGUUGCUAAAAGCGUGCUUCAUGUCUGCUUUCUACUUUGCGAUCUAUGACGAGAUGGUGUGGAUAUUGAAUCACUGAUAGAUACUCAACCGGCGCCGCUUGCCAACCAGGUACCUAAACUUCGGCUCCGGUGAUGACCAUUAUGCUGCUGUGCACAAUGAAAUUCCUAUUUUGUAUACAGUUAGGCACUUGAUAAUUGUGAGCGCACGCACCGCGACAUAAACCGCUUUCUGGAUGAAACACAAGCAACCCUAAACUAAAACAACAGAGCAAAGCUAAACACCGCGUGCAAGGCUUUCAAAAAGCUAGAGCAAAGUACUAAGUUAGACAAAACAAGCAAACUCGGGAUUUAUGAAGACUAUACCGAUGCGAUGGCUUCGAUGUGGUCAAUUAGCUGUUCGUUACUUCUACUCUGUAACAUUACACACUAAUGGUAGUUAGGUAGUUAGCUAGUGUUUUUUGUGCGAAUGAAUUUCAGUCUGAGUUGCAGCAGCACCAGAGCGUGCGACAAGAAGGCUAAAAAGUGUUGUGAAUAUUAUUUAGGAACAAAAGUCGCAUCUUGAUCAUUGAGUUGUAGAGUUUAGAAGCACACUGUAGGACUCGGCGAUAGCACCAGGUAGCUCAGCACUCUUCGUAGUAAAGCACGUUAAAAACCAAAAUGACACGAAUUUCUUCGGACGUAAGCGCGGAAAGCGGUCAAUUACGAGUAUUUAUUCUCAGUUCAACUAGGAUAAACGAAGCUUGCUUUAUUAUUAUUUUUUUUUGCUAGGAUUUUCUCAAUUUUAUUUAUUUGUACUUAUACGACCUUUGCGGGGAAAGAGAUCUGACCAGUUGAAAUGUGUACCGUUCUAGAGUUGACGCCGUUAGUGAGUUUAGAGCUAGUAGAAACUGGUACCGUUCUUUUUUUUGAUCGCUGACAAAACAUUAAGAGAGCAAAACAUGUAUUAUUAAUCAACCAGACUUCCAUUACUGCGAUAAGUGAACGAAAUAGUCAUUAUAUACAAGUUUAAAGGAAAAAAAACAAACGAAUGGUCUCUUAUUCAGCUCAAAGUGUAUGUGUGUAUCGCGAAUGAAACCGAACUGUGUAAGGUUGAAACGAAUUAAGCCUCGAAAACUGAACAAGACAGAAAAUCCAACCAGGAUAAGUUAAAAAGGAACAGUCAUUGUACAUUUAAAUCCUAAAUGUAUUGACAAUAAAGGAAAAAUAUUAAUAAAACGACAAAAUUCCGAACACAAA